GUGUCUUUGUAUAUAUAUUCAGAGAGGUUUUGUGCAAGCGAGAAAGAAAGACAGUUCAAUGGAGAAUCCUCUGUCCACUAAAUCAAAGAACAAAAUCUUGAAGUUUCUACCGAAAGCAGCUCAAGCAGCAGUUUCAUUUCAAAACCCUCCUUUCAGCCCCGGCAAAGACAAGCUCAAACCAAGGUUUUCCGUUUCGAUGAUUCCGGCGGAGGCUCGCCGGAGAUCGAAGAACUCAAACUUUGAGACACAAGAACCAACUUCACCAAAGGUUUCAUGCAUGGGACAAAUCAAGCACAAGAAAAAAUUAAGCAAAAAGCACCUCUCUUUGCCUAAGGGAUUCAAGCCCGCCUUGGCUCCACCGCCGGCACCGCAGCUGAAGAAAAAUCCAUCAAGAAUUAGGAAUAUUUUCAAGCCGGCCGCCGGAAGAAAAUCUGAUGCAUCAGUUGAUUAUAAUAAGCCCCCUCUGCCUGAUCGAGCUCCCUGUUUGAGCCAGAUGAAGAGAUUUGCAAGCACUAGGGAUACUUUAGCUAAUUUUGAUUGGACAAAAACACAGAUUGCACCGGAACAGGGAGAAUUUGAUUCAGAUGAAGAGGGUAUAAUUCCGUUCUCAGCGCCGAUAAUGGUGGCCGGUGGUGGCUCCAUGGUGGCGUUGGAGCCGAGAAAGGAAAUUAAUCUGUGGAAAAGAAGAACUAUGGUCCAACCUAAGCCUCUCAAAUUAAACGUAAAUUAAGUAAUUACUUAGUUUGAGAAAAUUUUCUAUACGAAUUUUUCAUUUUUGGCUGCAAUUUAUUUAGUGGUGUCGAAUGGAUCCAGUAGUGCGUCCUAAAAGAUCUGGCUCGGCACAGCCUUAUGCUAAAGAAACAGGGCUAUUCAUUUGCUAAUUAUGCUUUGGAAAAAAUAAGAUUUCAUCUGAA